AUGCAUGAUAGUGUUGCUGUUUCUCCAAGAAAUGUCAAGGGAUCUCUUAAAAGAAGAGAUGAGAUGGCUCUGAAGGUCAGUAAUUUGAUGAAACGUGAUGGUUAUGCCUUUCAAGUUCCUGAGACAUUUACACCAGAAAGCAUUGAGGCACCUAAACCUAACAUUUGGGCCCCUUUGACCGUGAACGAAACAAAAAGUGCUUAUACUAUACUUAAGGAUAAGUUUAACUUGACAGCAUCUGAAAAUGCCACUCUUUAUGACAAUUAUGUGGUUUGGAUUACCCUAAUCAACCCAAAUAAAACAGAUGCGUUGGACUUCUUAGAGGGUAACAAAACAGCCCCCUUGAGAUAUGCUAGGGCUGUGAUUUUCUUUGGUGGUGAAGACUUUGCUAAAGAAGAUGAACCUAUUGGUUAUUGGCAAACCUACCAAGUUGGACCCUUACUUGCUGAAAACCAAGAUAUCGAAGUAGUGAAGAUGGACUGGGCUUUCACUAAGAGUCAUUUUUCUUAUAUGCAAGGUUAUAGGGACAAUCUUAGAUGGAAUCUUGAUUUCGCCUUUUACGAAGAAUUGUUCCAAACAGAUAUGGUUAAAGAGCUCUCAGAAGAUCUCAUUGGCGUGCCAGCUUAUGGUCUGGAAAACUCUACUAUGGAGGUUUGGAAUUGUGACCCCUUGAUCUUUGAUAAGGAAACCAACUCUCUUUUCUCGUGGGGGACUGUAUUCCUUGAUAACAAAUGGAGUGCUGGUGAUAUUUUGCCUACUGGUCUUUUUAUCAAGACUAACGUUACUGGUCGUGAUGUUUCUGACUUCAGUGUUGUACAGUGGGUCUACAACAAUGUGGCAUAUAAUACCACUGAGGAGUUUUAUGAAGCUUGGAAAAGUGAAGAAUUUGUUAAGUUACCCCAAGCUCCUCAAGAACAAGAAUGGACUAACCCUGGUAGAGCUGAAGGAGCGGAAACCAGACCUUUGGAUGAAAAGACCUCACCCAUUGUGGUUGAGCCUGAAGGACGUAGAUGGCAGUUCAGUGAGGAAGAUAGAUACUUUACUUGGAUGGAUUGGAGUUUCUACAUUUCAUAUAGUAGGGAUGGUGGGGUACUGUUUUUUGAUGUCAAGUUCAAGGGUGAAAGAAUCUUAUAUGAAUUGGCAUUACAAGAAGCAAUCGCAGAAUAUGCUGGUGAUGAUCCAUUCCAAGCCAACACUGCCUAUUUGGAUACAUCUUAUGGUUGGGGUAACAAUGCUUAUGGAUUGAUUCCUGGCUACGAUUGUCCUGCUAACGCUGUAUAUUUCAAUUCUACUUGGAAUACCGAUGGUAAAAACCAUUACCAGAAUAACACUUACUGUGCUUAUGAAGCAGUAGAAGACUAUCCUAUCACUCGUCAUACUUCUAGAAAGUAUGUUUCUGUUGCCAAGGCUCCUUCUUUUAAUAUAAGAUUUGUUGCAACCAUUGGUAACUACGAUUAUAACUUCAAUUACAAAUUUUUCAUGGAUGGUACAUUAAAGGUUUCUGUUAGAGCUGCUGGUUUCAUUCAAGGUGCCUAUUACAACCCAGAGACUGGAGGAGACUUUGGAUACAAGAUUCAAGAUGUUCUUUCUGGUUCUUUUCAUGACCAUGUGAUCAACUUUAAGGCUGACUUUGAUAUUGGUGGAACUGAGAACAGAGUUACUAAUGUGGCACUUAAAGCAGCUAAUAGAACGUUCCCAUGGGAUCCAAAUACGGUUUACAACACCAAGAUCAAGGAGAGAUCCAUAUAUGAUAUUGAAACAUCGUUGAAUCUUGCUGAUACAGGGGUUUUAUUGGUGGAAAGUGCCAACCAAAACAAUACUUGGGGGAACCCCAAAGCUUACAGAAUUGAAGGCUCUCUUGGACACAGAAUUGCUGAGAAGGCAGUUAAAUUAGCCGAGAAUGCCAACUGGGCUGAUCAUGAUCUUCAUUUCACCAGACAAAAAGAUACUGAAUAUACUUCUAGCGGUGUUUUCAAUGCCAAUAGUGUUUUUGAACCACAGGUGAAUUUCAGCGACUUUUUGGAUGAAGAAAGCAUUGAUGGUGAAGAUGUAGUUUGUUGGUUCAACUUGGCUUUACACCAUUUGCCCAACACUCAAGAUAUUCCUGGUACAAUUUUCACCACUGCAGAAUCCAACUUUGUAAUGACUCCUUACAAUUACUUUGACUCUGAGCAAUCUCGUGAUACAAGACAGCAAUUCUUGUUUCUGACAAAUGAAAAGUCUUUUGACUUCUUUGGGACAGAGUUACAGGAUACACUUUAUUCAAUUAAUCAACUUGACGUCAACUCCUUUAACUAUGAAGGUAUUGAAUUUGGAAAGGAUACCACUAACCUUCCAUCAAAUUGA